UUCGGCGUAAUGAUGGCUCAUUUCUUCAUGGAACCAUCAACUAUCAAUUAUCCGUUUGAGAAGGGACCUUUGAGUGCACGAUUUCGUGGAGAACAUGCACUGAGAAGAUAUCCAUCGGGAGAGGAGAGAUGUAUUGCGUGCAAACUCUGUGAGGCAAUUUGUCCCGCUCAGGCCAUAACAAUCGAAGCUGAAACGAGACCGGACGGUAGUCGUCGUACAACGAGAUAUGAUAUCGAUAUGACGAAGUGUAUCUAUUGUGGUUGA